AUGUCCAUGUCCCUGUCCCUGUCGGCCGAAUCCAUGUCCUUAGUACUACCAGCCGUGAUCUACCCUGUCCUGCAAGGAUAUCUCAACGCUGAAGGAACCAUCGUUGUGUCCGCAACGUUGUUGGUGCAACUACCGUGGUCAUACAAGGUGUUUCUUGGAGUUCUGAGCGAUUGCUUCCCGAUCGGUGGCUUCCGUCGACGACCAUACAUGCUGAUAGGAUGGCUGCUGUGCUGCUGCAUGUUAUUCAUGAUGGCGGGUUUCCCCGAGGCUGAACCAUACUACGGAGACCCAAGCAUGCAUUUCUCCAGCCCUGACGAAUGGACGGAAGCUCAACGCAAGAGUAUUAACCCUGACGCGCCUGACGCAGCAGGAAAAUACGUGAUCCCCAUGAUGAUGGCCGCCUUCGGAUAUUUGCUAGUCGAGGUUCCCGCAGAUGCCGUAACUAUCGAGUACUCCCAGCGUGAGCCAACCGACAGCCGUGGACAUCUACAGUCGUGGAUCCACAGUCUUCGUAUGGGAUUCAGCGCAUUGGGAGCCCUCGUCGUUGCAGUAGCGUUUAAUGGCGUCGAAUAUGGCGGCUCCUUCGACUUCUCGCUCACAUUUCCGCAGCUAAUGUUCUUCAUGGGCUGCUUAUGCUUACCGCUCGGACCUGCUGCCUGGUUCCUUGUGCACGAGAACGAAGUAGAGCCACCUAAAUUCAAAGCAUACAUGGCUCAAUUCUGGAAGGUGCUACAGAAGCGAGCAGUAUACCAAGUGGCAGCAUAUAAGUUCUUCUCGGGAGUCUUCAACAACUUUAACAUCGUGUCUUCGAGUAACAUCAAGCUGUACUGGGUCCACGCCACACCGUUUAACGCUAGCAUUAUGGCCAUCGUAGGGACAUUGACGUACGCUGGAACAUUGGCUAUCAUGGCUCAGCGCGGUCUACGCUGGAACUGGCACGUUGCUAUCGCCGCUACGGUCAUAUUCGGUGUUGUCACGGACUGUAUGAUGACGAUGCUAGUGACAUGGGACAUCAUUCGCAGCCAGUGGUUCUGGCUCGGUGUCCCCGUUAUCGGAGAGGUUCCACAUGCUGUCCGCUUCAUUGUGAGCAACUAUAUCGUUGUCGAGCUCAUUGAACAGGGAACCGAAGGCGCGUUAUACGGAUUGUUGACGACCACAAACCACGUUGCUGCCCCGUUCGGCCGCACGACUGCCAAGAUCAUCAACGCUCGCUUCCACGUCUGGAAGGACGAUAUCCUGGCCGAUACGUACGAGACGCGCCGCGAUGUGACCUACACGAUCUGGCUCUGCUACGGUAUGAAAUUGGUGUCGCUGAUAUUUUUGCCGCUACUGCCGAACCAGAGGGAUAGCACGCAAGCGCUACGUCGCCAAGGAGGCGUGAGCAAGCGCAAGGGCAUGUGGAUGGUCGUGAUCCUCAUGGUUGCUUUAAUAUGGUUCACUGUGGUGAAUGUGCUGAGCAUGAACCCAGCGACAGAGUGCUGGGCGAUCACAGGAGGCUGCGAGCCUGACUCCGAUGAUCCCGCCGACCCACUUCAACUUCAAUACUUUAUUUGAUUGGUCAAUAUAACUCUUACAUUUCCGACCAAUCAUCUAUCAUUAUUCUUGUGGACAUGCUACGAGCUGUCUCGACACUUCGCCU